GUUAAACAUUUGUGAACGGUGUUUUGUUGUCAACUCUCAAAACUUAAAUUCUCAAUUUUUUCAUGUCAAUUUUCUUUUAGAUAGUCUUCAAUUUUUACUAAUUUUUGUUUGUUUAUUGUAGUUUUCGUGCUAUUUAGCUAUCCUACUUCUGAUAUUUAAUAUUUAUCAGAAAAACUUUCUAGCCAUGGAUUACGAGCAGGUAUCAAUUCCAGAAUACGAUGGUGACACAUACUACAAUAGUUACGAAGACAGAUACUCUGAUGCUGAUAUGUACGAACCUCCAAUGCCUGAAAUCAUCAAGAAGUUUCUAUUAUACUUCAGGAAUGCCAUUAAUGAAGGAAUGGUAUAUGAAAUGCAAAACUUAUAUGAGAACACAUUUCCAAAAUUAUCUGAUCAAUAUUUUGAUAAAGCUCCAUGGCCCAGUGACAAUGAAGUCCGUAAAAUUAUGGAUGAUGACAAAACAUUUUUGAUGUUGUAUAAAGAAUUAUACUACCGUCAUAUUUUUGCACGUGUGCCAAAUGGACCAUCAACUAGACAACGUUUUGGAUCAUUCUACAACUACUGUGAUCUAUUCAAUUACAUUUUUACUUGUGAAACUCCGGUAACAUUAGAAUUACCUGAUCAGUGGUUAUGGGAACUUGUGGAUGAAUUUGUGUAUCAAUUCCAAUCCUUCACUCAGUUUCGUUCUCGACCUCGUAAAACACAAGAAGAGAUGGAUAUGUUAGCUUCCAAUAAUGAAGUGUGGAAUGUUUUGUUGGUGUUAAAUGUAUUGCAUUCAUUCAUCAACAAAUCUAAUAUCAAGUUGCAAUUGGAAGUUACUGCAAGUGGUGGUGACCCAGAUUCUGUAGCUGGAGAAUUUGGUCGUCAUUCUUUAUACAAAAUGUUGGGUUAUUAUUCCAUGAUUGGGUUAUUACGCUUACAUAGUCUUUUUGGAGAUUAUUAUUUAGCCAUCAAAGUUCUAGAAAAUAUUGAUAUGCACAAAAAGAAUGCAUACAGUUCAGUACCAGCUUGUCACAUUUCUACUGCAUACUAUGUUGGAUUUGCUUACAUGAUGAUGCGUCGUUAUUCUGAUGCAAUUCGAACUUUUAGUUCGAUUUUGUUGUACAUUCAAAGAACAAAGCAACUCUUCCAAACACGAUCUUAUCAAAAUGAUCAAAUAAACAAACAAACAGAUCAGAUGUACACAUUAUUAGCAAUGUGUUUAGUAUUGCAUCCACAAUGUGUAGAUGAGUCAAUCCAACAGGUAUUACGUGAAAAAAAUUAUACUGACAGAAUGUUUAAAAUGCAGUAUGGUGAUUUACAAGAAUUUGAAAAUUGUUUCCAAAUGGCUUGUCCUAAAUUUUUAUCUAUGGAUCCUGCUGAAGAUUCAGUAAAAGAAGCAGUAAAAUAUCAAACAUCUGUUUUUAUGGCUGAAGUCAAACAACAAAAAAUGUUGCCUACUAUUCGCAGUUACUUAAAAUUAUACACAACACUACCAAUUAAUAAAUUGGUGACAUUUAUGGCACAAGGACAGGGACAACGUGAAAGUAAUGAACCAACCGAUGAUAAAGAAAAUUUGACUAAACAUCUAUUAUGUUUUAAACACAAAAUGAAAAAUAUUGUUUGGAAUAAAGGUGCAUCUGGAUUAGAUGGAAGCUUUCAUUCAGGAUCUGAGUUGGAUUUUUAUAUUGAUCGAGACAUGAUACAUAUAGCAGAUACCAAAGUUGCUCAUCGUUAUGGUGAUUUCUUUAUAAGAAAAGUAUUGAAGUUUGAAGAACUAAAUCGCAAGCUGAAAUCUAUAAAAGUGUAACCAAUAGUUUAUUUAUAAUUUCUUAAAACAUUACAAAAUAAUUACUUUUACUAUUCUUAUA